UUUUUAAACCGCGUACUUUUAGACAUAAAUGGAUGAUACAACAUUUUUCUUAUCAGUUUAUAUUUUUACUUUUUUCUUACCCCAUUUCCUUACAUUUUCCUGUCAAUAUAUCGGUAUUUCUUUUGCAUUUUUAUUUUAUUAAAUGCUAUUUGCAAUUAAGUAUAUUUAUUCACUUUUUGAUUGCUCAAAUAAGUACUCGGCUAAAUAACUUUUGUGGGAGGAAUCCUGCAAGGUUAAUCCUACAAUCCCACGGAAUCACUCCCGCAUCCCCCCAUUUUCUUUUGGUGUUCUCUUGGAAAAAAGAGUACGGAUGUGCGGAAUCCAUCGAGGAAUCACAUUCCGUGCCGAGGAAUCCCGUUGGAAAAAAGAACGAGUGUGCGGAAUCCAUCGAGUAACCCCAUUUGUGCCAAGGAAUCACACUAAUUCAACUUCAAUUUUUUUAAUCUUUCAGAGAAUUUUCUUGACUAUUUUUUAUUAAUUUUUUUCUCAAAAAAAUUUUGUUGCCUUGUAAUCUUUAAUGUCAUCAGACACUUCUUUGUUACAUUUACUCAGCAAAUUUUGUUGUUGUAAAGACAAUGGGAAUGAUCGAGAACGUCUUGUAAAUAACAGAGGAGCAGUUAUUGAAGAUGCCUAUCACAUACCUAACGGGAAUGGAAGUGGAACAGUGACAGACUACGUGACAAAUAGUCUACGACCUUUUGCUUCUGACAGAAAUAUGAAUAUAGCUCCCGAAUUGCAAACGGCACGCAGUCGGGAGGAAGAAGAGGAGGAAUUAAUGAAUAGAAUUUUGGAUAGAACACAGCAGGUUUUUUUUAUUUUUCUGUUGAUUAGAAUUUGGGGGUACUUGUAA